UGUGAUUGUUUUCAAUCGCUCGAUGAAUCAAAUUUCCUUCUGACUCGAAAUCAAAUUUUGAUGCUGAACUUUUUCCCGAUUCUCCUGGCACCCUUUCAAUAUUGUGCAAAUCGCCACUCCUAAAAUUUAUGUAGUGUCUCGCGGUUCGCUCGCGGCUAGCAAAAAUUCUUCGUAAACUUUUCCGCAAAAAGAGAAAACACAAAACCAGCGACCAACCUCACAGCCAGAGCCCGAGCUGUUCCUCUUCGUCCAUGGAGUCAAACCUGAGUCGGAUUCUGAACAUGAAUCGCCACCAGCUGAGUGGCCAACUUUACAAGUACACAAAUGUUAUGAAAGGAUGGCAGUACCGCUGGUUCACGGUGGACGCGCAGGCCGGCCUGCUAAGCUACUAUCUGUGCGAGCCCGCCAACGACGAUUCCAACCCGAACAUCGUGGGAAACGCACCGCGUGGUCAAGUCCAUCUCGCAGGAGCCGUCAUCUGCCCGAGCGACGAAGAUUCCAAGACAUUCACGGUGAACUGCGCAUCCGGCGACAUGAUGAAGCUGCGCGCCGGUGACGCGCGCGCUCGCCAAGAAUGGGUCGACGGUCUACGUGCCAUCGUAGAGUCCCACUCGAACACGACGGCGUCCCUCGCACCACGUGACCAGCUAGCGGCGCACGACGCCUUCGGGGCAGCCCGCCAGCAGAUGCAACAGUGCGAGCUAAGUAACGCUGCGUUGGCGCGGGCCAUCGAAAAUCUGACCUCGCCGCUGUCGCCCACCGAUCCGGAUCUGCUCAUGUUGAAGGCCCUGUCGGCGGCCAACACGCACUGUUUGCUGCAGUGCCUGGGGCUGCUGCAGCGACACAACGAGCUGGCCGAUGCCCGGCUGGAGCCGACGUUUUAGCCCUAAAUUUGGGAAGGAUUUUCGGGUGCAUUUAUGCGUUGGUAAGUUCGGCACGCCGGGGCCGGAAGCUUCUUAGUUUGUACUUACAGCUGAGCUGUUUGCAAUAACGGAACACUCCACAGAAUAAGCUUUUUUCUGCACAAACACUUUUGCUCUAGGAUUGUGCACCGCAAUUUUCUUCUUUAAAGAAUAAAUAGAUGCGUUAACAAAUUACA